AUGAGCGCAGAUGCUUCGAACGGUUGCUCUGCAGGCUUGCAAGAACUGGAGGCUGCAGUGACUUCAAAUUGGAACAACUUGUUUGCCGAUCAGUCCAAGAACGGUGUUGAGAAAAUGAAGUCAUGGUGGAAACCUCUGGAGACGUGGAUUAUGUCUGAACCAGCACAUCCACUUCGUGCAAUGGAUUUUGCUGGGCCCGAUGGGGAGUUCAGUGUCCUUCGGCAUACGACAUUUGGCAAACUACAUGCUCAAGUGAGGGUGCAGUGCACUUGCAAUGACACCGAAGGCACAACCAACGCGAAUUGUUGCUUGCAUGGUGAUCAAAUUGCAUUGACUGACCUGGUUUGGGAGAUUGUCAAAGUGACCCAUGAGGUUUUCAAUGAUCAGUUCAUGUCCUUUGCCAACGUGUUUCUCGAUGAGACUGUGAGAGGCUGGGCUGUUCCUGUGGAUGAUGCCUGGAAACACCUGAACUUGAAAGCCUCCGAUGCCGGAAUUUUGGUCAGUGUCAGAGCAGCCUACGUCAUCCAAUUGGCGGUCACACUUGCCAGCCGAACCAGUCAGAACCUGAAACCUAUGUUCAAGGCAUUGGAACGUCCUCACAAUGUGAAAUUUCUCAGCGACAUGGAUUCCUGCUUGCUGUCAUGCGAGUCUAUGAACAGCUGUUGGUGUGCAGCACUCACAGAUCUCUUGGCCAAUGGGAGGUUCGACAUCAAACAAGUUCUUCAGGAAGCCAAGGUGAGUUCUGUGACGCCAGUUGCUCUUGCACUUGGGCUUGCUGCAUCUUCUGUGGUUGUCACCAGCGCAGAUGACGAGAAAGCCGAUGAUCAAGACAACACCAGUGCCAUCUUCACUUGGACUGAGUUGAUGAAAUUCGGGAGCACUGAAACCGUUCCACCUGCAGAUCAACUUGUGAGAUUGCAAUUGUUCCUCCAUGCCGAGCUGGUUUCCUAUGCCAACAAGAUUGAAUCCAAGUAUAGGGACCUGAUGUGCGUGCUCGUGGAGCAGGAGAAGGAAGGUCCGAAACGACGCGGUCACAAUGUGACAGGAUCGAAGUCCACUGUCUUGUUCAAGCUCGACGACACCAUUGAGUUACUCAGAUCAGCACAGGAUGAGAAUCUUCUCCUCUGCAAGUUGCCCAAAGAUUUCCAAUUGGUUUUCUUUGGCAAUGUGAGUCGCUUGGCGCAAUUUAUCUGA